CAAAAUACCGUACAUAACCUAAAAAUUUAUUAUUUCCAUUCAUUAAUAUCGUUUCUUUUAUAGUAAACGGAUAAAAUGGGAGUACCAAAGAAACCUGUGAAAAUAAAACACGUAAAAAACGAAAUUAUUAAAGAAAUGAACUUUUUAAAGAACAUCUUCUCUGUGGCUUUUAUACCCCUGCACAAAAAAGAUGAUUCUGAACUAAUGGAUUUUGAAAUGGAAAAGUCAGCGACCAAUAAAGAACCUGAGAAGUACACGAGAGCAAAUACAAUAGCCGAACUAGAAGCAAAGUUGCAAAAAGUGAAAUCACAACACAAGUUUCAAAUAAAGGGAAAACUAGCUAAGAAAAGUUUAAAUAGUAAACUCAGCAAGAAGUUAAAGAAAACUGAAAGAAACAAAAUGAACAAGAAGCCCAAACCUAUUGUGGAUUCUGAAACGGACUUAAAAGAAACAAAGGAAGAAAAACCUAAAGUAAAUCAACAACCAAAGCCAGUUUUUAACACAGAUGGCAAAUUAGUGUUCUCAAAAUUCGAUUUCGCUAAACUUGGAGGAAAAGAAAAGACACCAAAAUCUCAAAAAGACCCGAGAAAACUACUAGAUCAGUUGAAGAAUCAAGAGCAAAAAAUACAACAAUUAUCUGAAACUGAUGGAGAAAAAGCUAAAGAAAUAAAAGAGAAACUUGCUUGGAAAACUAUUCUUCAGAAAGCUGAAGGAGAGAAAGUUAAAGAUGAUCCAACUCUUCUCAAAAAAUCAAUAAAGAAAAUGGAGCAAAAGAAGAAAGUUAGUAAAAAGAAAUGGGAAAAUAGAAUUGAGGGUGUGGAGAAGAAGAAACAAGACAGACAGACAAAGAGAAAAGACAAUAUUUCCAAGAAGAAGAAAGAAAAGAAAGCGAAGGUUGUCAAAGCUGCACAAAAGAGGGGCAGAGUUGUUAUAUGACAUAAUAAUAUUUAAUAAUUUU